GACUUUUCGUCGACUAGUGCAGUUUUCAAACGUUAUCAUUUGCUGAGUAAGUUUUAAGUCACUUUUACUACUUAAAGAUAAAUAAUUGAUUAAUUCGCAGGACAAGAGGCGCAAUUGAAAGUCUCCACAAUGGCGUCUGUUACUGGAUAUUUCACUCUUUUUCUUCUCUGCUUCUCUACAGUUAUGGGAGGUCUUGAAGUUAACGAAAAUCUUGAUGACGUAUCUAAAUUUCUAGAUUUCAUCAAAGAAGCUAUUAUGAGUGGACAAAUACCAUUAACAGGACUGGGAUUUAAUGUAGAACCUCCACGUGUAUAUAUCAAUAGCAUGAAAAUUGAAUUGACUUCGUUCUUGAAAUUGAACGAAACUAGAAAGGAUAAAGUUUUGGUACGCACUGGAGUGUUUAUGGUAAGAAACAAGGGGAAUUCAGUUGCAGACGCACAAAGUCAAUCCUUCCUCUACAAAAAGACUCACACCGACACAAUCAGUAUCGCAAAUACUGCGGGAUUUUCAGGAGCUCUUAAAUUGCCAUUUAUUGACAAUUUCACUCCCACACUAACUUUCUCCAAUACGAAAACGACUUCAAUAAGUGACACGACUGAGGAAUGGGUCACGGUUCAGCCUCAAAAGGUGCAAUUGCAAGCCAAAAGUCAGAAGGAAGUGAAAUACGAACUUUAUAGAGAAAAAUGGGAGCAUGUAUAUAGCUUGGAUUUCACUGUGGAUCCAAGUACAACAUUCACUGUGGUUAGAACUUUAAGACGUCGUGUUGGAACAUUCUGGGAGAAUUCUGAAAAAAAGGAUAAGAUAAAUUUGGUGGAGUUCUUGAAGACAGCAUAUGAAAAAGAUAGGAAAUUCACUGGUGCCCCAUGCAUAAUAUACGAUCAUGUUACAAAUAAGUUAAUGCUCAAGAAUUACAUUGUUGUAAGAGAAUUGGUUAAUGAUAUUGUUGAGGUUACUUUUGGAGAAGAAGAACCCCUGAACUAAAACCGUCAUAAACUUCUGCAAAUUAUUUCUGCAAUUCUAUGUUUAGAAUCCAGCACAUCCAAAUUGUUAGUCUCUGUCAAAUAUAUUAAAUAAAUUGCUUUUUGCACUU